AUGAUAAAUGACUCCACCGCGGGGGGUCCCAGUACCCUGCCGCAACCACCCAAGUACAUCCUGGGGCUAGAAGGAAGUGCGAACAAACUGGGGGUCAGCAUCAUAAAUAGUGACUUAAAAAUUCUGAUGAAUAUGAGAAGAACGUACGUCUCCGAAAUUGGCUGCGGAUUUAUCCCAAGACAAAUUAACGCGCACCACAAGUACUACAUCAUCGAGAUGAUUAAAGAAUGUCUUAAUAAAUUGAAGAUAAAAAUAACAGACAUACAUUUAAUAUGCUAUACAAAAGGGCCAGGAAUUGGCUCCGCUCUCUACAUUGCCUACAAUAUAAGUAAAUUUUUUUCCCUCCUCUUCAAUAUUCCCGUCAUCGGAGUCAAUCACUGCAUUGCCCACAUCGAAAUGGGCAUUUUUAUAACCAAGCUUUAUCACCCCAUUAUUUUAUACGUCAGUGGAAGCAACACACAGAUCAUUUAUUUCAACAAUCACAAGAAGAGGUACGAAAUCAUCGGAGAGACCUUAGACAUAGCUAUUGGAAAUGUCAUCGACAGAUCUGCGAGGAUUCUCAGAAUUUCAAAUUCUCCUUCUCCUGGAGAACCAAUAAGCGGGGACCCUUAUGGUGGCCACAUUCCGGAGGGGGAAGCGAGGGACACUGCCCCUCAGGAGCACAGCGCUGCAAAUGAGCCCAAUACGCCAAAUGAGCCCAAUACGCCAAAUAAGCCCAGUGCGCCAAAUGAUCCCAACGGGCCAAAUAAGCCCAGUACGCCAAAUGACCCCAACACGCCUAAUGAUCCCAACACGCCUAAUAAGCCCAAUAAGCCCAUGAGGGAGGACCCGUGUGACUACACCGAGCUGCUCUUCUUCCCCUACACCAUAAAAGGGAUGGACAUUUCGUUCAGCGGGUACGACUACUACGUGAGCAAGUAUUUCUCCAGGUAUUUAACCAAGCGAGGCAAAAAGGGGAAGGGCGAAGACGGGGGGAAGCCACCACUGGGCGAUCAAAACGCCCCAAAAAGGAAGAAGCGGCACGACGGGGAAGAAGCGAGUGAGGGGAAGCACAACCAGGGGGGGAAAAGCGAUGCGUGCGAUGUCAAUGGUGAGGAAGAAGACUAUGGAGAGGGCGACGCGGACGAAGGAAACGCAAUCAGAGGCGACGCAAUCAGAGGCGACGCAAUCGGAGGCGACGCAAAUGAUGGCGCUGCGCCCGGCGGCACGCAACUCUUUCCGCAGCCCAACUUGAGCAUUCACGCGGGCGUGCAGGGCAGCUCCUACUACGAAGAGAAUGUCAUCUGCAGCAUCGGCGGGAAGAAGAACUACGGGGAGGACGACCACUACGCGGAGGAGGACGACGGCGCCAUCGAGACGGAGAGCGAUUUUUUUGACUCCAGCUCGGACGAAACCGCGGCUGGGAGCGACAAAGGGGGGGGGAACCUUUGCAAGGCCCCCAGCGAAGAGCAUCCACAUAGCGGCGCCAACCUGACGGACGAAGAAAAGCGGAAAAUACAAAUCUGCUACAGCCUGCAACACCACAUAUUCAGCAUGCUCAUCGAAAUCACCGAACGAGCCAUCGCCUUCACGAACAGCAAGGAGGUGAUCAUUGUGGGGGGAGUUGGCUGCAACGUUUUCUUACAAAAUAUGAUGAAGAAAAUGGCAAAACAGAAAAAUAUCAAAAUUGGAUUUAUGGACCACAGCUACUGUGUGGAUAACGGUGCCAUGAUUGCCUACACGGGGUACCUUGAAUAUUUGAAUACCAAAAAUAAGGAAAUCUACAACUUUAAUAAUAUAAGUAUCCACCAGAGGUACCGGACAGACGACGUGCUCGUGACGUGGAGGUAG